GUGGUCGUCGGAUCAUCUCAGCAACGCGUUUUUCAUUUUUUGUACUUGGGAAUUUUCCUUCAUGUCUUGAAGAAAAAUAGGUCAGAGUUUGGUCCAGAAUUCGAGCGAAGCCUUUAUCGACGGGACCCUAAGCGAAGGAAAGGACCUUGUCGACUAUAAACGACGUUGAAUGAUGGCGGGAACGUUGGACUAUAGUGAUUGGUUAGGAAAUAGGGCCCUCCCCCGGAAACGGUCGAGCUGAGGUCCGACUGGAGGAGAGACGAGGUACUGGUUUCAGACCAGUUGAGAGACGAGGGGCCGGUUUCAGACCAGUUGAGGGACGAGGGACCGGUUUCAGACCAGUGCAGUUCUGUACGUUUCAUGGGGAACGAAGACGUUCACAUCCGGAAUUGUAGUUUUGAUCCACAAGCGGAAGUCAAUGGCGGAAGACGACCAUGAAUCCUGAACGCAAACGCGUCAAAAUCACCCCCCACAAUGCACUGCAGCAGUCCCCCGGCUCCUCCCACAAUGCACUGCAGCAGUCCCCAGGUUCCUCCCACAAUGCACUGCAGCAGUCACCAGGCUCCUCCCACAAUGCACUGCAGCAGUCACCAGGCUCCUCCCACAAUACACUGCAGCAGUCACCAGGCUCCUCCCACAAUGCACUGCAGCAGUCCCCAGGCUCCUCCCACAAUGCACUGCAACAGUUCCCAGGCUCCUCCCACAAUGCACUGCAGCAGUCCCCAGGCUCCUCCCAUGAUGCACUGCAACAGUCUCCUGGCUCCUCCCACAAUGCACUGCAGCAGUCUCCAGGCUCCACCCACAAUGCACUGCAGCAGUCUCCAGAGGAAGAGGAAGAGAAUCUGCUGGUGGAGGAAGACACGACAGAUUCCAGCCUGGUCAUCACCAUGGACCGUGUGGGGGGGCCGGCGCGAGGGGGGCGUGCCCGGGGGGAGAAGAGGAGGCGGAGCAAGAUGACAUCUGACAGUGAAGAGGAGGCGGAGCCCAGGCUAGAGAUGGACCGACUUCUGGACCAAUCGCUGGAGACGAAGUCCAGACAUCACAAGCUGACCGCCGUCAACGUGAAGAACAUCCUCCAUGAAGUGAUCACUAACGAGCAUGUGGUGGCCAUGAUGAAGGCAGCUCUCAACGAGACGGAGGCUGUGCCGCCCUUUGAGCCCAAGAUGACCCGGUCCAAGCUGAAAGAGGUGGUGGAGAGAGGAGUGGUGAUUCCAGCGUGGAACAUGUCCCCCAUCAAGAAGGCCUCAGAGGUCAAGGCUCCCCAGUUUGUUGACAUCCACCUGGCUGAGGAAGACUCUUCUGAUGAAGAGUAUCACCCUGAGGAUGACGAGGAAGAUGAGACCGCUGAAGAUACGUUCCAGGAGAGCGACAUGGAGAGCACAGCUUCGUCUCCCAGAGGAACCAGAAUACAUGAGACCGCUCGGUCCAAACGCCGGAGGGCGGAGUCUAUCUCCAUGGGACCGCCCCCUCCUCCCCAAGCUCCUCCCACCAACCCUGUGACUGACAGCUCCUUCUUGGAAAAACUACACGCUGUGGAGGAAGAGCUGUCCUGCAUGGAACCCUACCAGCUGCUAGAGGACAACCUGAUGGCCUACCGCACACGCUCAAAGCGUCCUCUGAGGAACGUCCCCCUGGGUCGCCUGGAGGCGGAGCUUCGGGCCCCUGACAUCACGCCUGACAUGUACGACCUAGGCCCCGCCCCCGAGGACAGGGAGUGGACUCAUUGGCUGAGAGGCCUGAUGAGCUCAGAUGUAGAAAACGAAGAGGAGUGUGAUGAUGAGGACGACCCAGAGUAUAACUUCUUGGCUGAUAACCAUGAACCGGACCAGGAGGAUUACCGUGACGACCGUGCCGUCCGCAUCACUAAGAAGGAGGUGACGGGGCUGAUGGAGGAGCUGUUUGAGACGUUAAAGGAGGACCUUGUCAGUCAGGACUGUGAUGAUGAAGGCCAUGAGGAAGAGGAUGAGCCCCAAGAACACUCACCUAUGUCGGUGGUGUCCCAGGAUCGGCCAAUCAGAGAGCUGCGCACGGUCCGCCAGCAACUGGAGCUGUUGAGGAGCCGCAAACACGCACACAACACACACAACACACACAACACACACAAGACACACUCACACCACUCGCACACCCCAGAACCCUUCACCCCAACACUGGACGCCCCGCAGAAAACACGACUACAACAACAGCUGCAGCAGCAUGUCCAGCUGCUGCUUCAGGUCAAUCUGUUGACGAGCUACGUCCCAGAGCUCCACAGCGAGGCGGACGUUACCAAGCACUUCCUGGUGGAGCUGGAGGUGCUGGCUCUUAGGGGGGAGGCGCUGCGGGGGAGGGGGGGGAGUUUCUUCAGGGCCUCCAGCCUCGGGGAGGCCCUGCUGCUCCUGGAGGAGGUGCAGCGCUCUCCUCUGGUGUACCAGCCCCCGACACGUCCCCCCGAUGCCCACGGACGCAUGCGCUGCUACCCGGUCCUGCCCGCCUGGCUGGCCUGGCUGUUCGCCACGCGCUCCGUCUUCCUCUACCCUGAGCUGCUGCCCACGGCCAGCCUGGCCCCAGCCCUCUACCGCCCCCGCAAGGCCGGGGUCUUCACUGCUGCUGAGGACUGUCUUGUGGUGCUGGGACUGAGGACCAUGGAGGGGACUGCGCAGCCGGUUCAGCUGGUGUCUCACUUCCUGGUGCGUAGGAGCAGCGCUCAGAUACGACAGAGAAUCCUACAGUGCUGUCGGGCCGGGGUCCCCAACAACAUCAUCAAGAUGUACCGGUCCCAGCGGGCCGUGGGUUCGAUGCCGGCCGCCUGCAGCCGCAGGGUGGAGCCGGCCGGACAGCGCCCCCCGGUGGAGAGGGACCAGAGACUGCUGCCUGCCUGGCUCUCAAGGAGUCUGCCAAUCAUCUACUCCUCGCUCCAGACCGUAGCACCUAGCUCCUCCCCCCUCCAGACCGUAGCGCCUAGCUCCUCCCCCCUCCAGACCGUAGCGCCUAGCUCCUCCCCCCUCCAGACCGUCGCACCUAGCUCCUCCCCCCUCCAGACCGUAGCACCUAGCUCCUCCCCCCUCCAGACUGUCGCACCUAGCCCCUCCCCCCUCCAGACCAUAAUACCCACUGGUGUCCGGCGGUCGCGGCGUUGCCAUAGAGUCCUGCUCAGCAGGAGGUUCAGCGUCCCGGCAGGACAGACGUACCCCCCCCUCCUCCCCCUCAACCUGGCCUUCCAACGCAUGGGCUUCGUCCUGGUGCAGGCCACCGGCCCCGCCCCCACCCCUGGCCCCGCCCCCACCCCCACCCCUGGCCCCGCCCCCACCCCUGGCCCCGCCCCCACCCCUGGCCCCGCGGCUCUUAGUCCUGCUGUUCUUAGCCCUGCUACUCCUAGCCCUACUGGUAGCCCUACUGGUAGCCCUACUGGUAGCCCCGCUGCUCUUAGCCCUACUGGUAGCCCUACUGGUAGCCCUACUGGUAGCCCCGCUGCUCUUAGCCCUACUGGUAGCCCUGCUGGUAGCCCUGAAGAGAGGAGGAGGAGCCUGAGGUGGAGGACUGGGUCCAGGGUUAAGAACCAUCUCCCAGAACCAGGGGAGGGGGAGACAGGCACUGGGCAGGAGGGGGGGGGAGGAGCAGGAGGAGGAGGAGGAGAUGAAGGAGAUGAAGGAGGAGGAGCCGGAGGAGAUGAAGGAGGAGGAGGAGGAGGAGGAGGAGGAGGACAAUGCAGGAGUCCCUCCUCCUCUGUCUGGGCCGACAACGUCCGCCUCGGCCCGUCUGGAGACAAACUGGUUCUGUGGACACGGGAGUUGGACCGUUCCAUCCUGAUGAGCUGUCAGAGGAUGGGAGCCAAUCAGAACACGUUCUGCCUCCUCGCCGCCCGCCUGGGGAACAAAACGUCCAAUCAGGUCUGUGAUCGUUUCCACCAGUUGAUGAAACUCUUCCAGUCCGCGAAACAGAAAUCCUGCUCCCCGGCCCAUCGGCCAAUCAGAUGCCAGGAAGCACCCCAUCGGCCAAUCAGAGACCAGGAAGCAGCCCCUGACUGAAAACUGGCCAAUCACGCUCAAGCUUUUUGCUCGAACUAAGACUCAUCGACGGACGUCCGAUUCCUGGAUGUACCACUAUAGCCUACUGGUUAUACUGGGAGCUGCCCUUACCACUAUAGUCUACUGGUACAACUGGGAGCCAACCAGCACCGCUAUAGUCUACUGGUUAUACUGGGAGCUGCCCAGUCCUACUAUAGUCUACUGGUUAUACUGGUAGCUGCACUGCUAUAGUCUGCUGGUUGUACUGGGAGCUGCACUACUAUACUACUCAAAGCCACCCUCCAUUUAUACUCCUCCAGCAGGACGUGUGUCACUUCCUGCCCUAUGUCACUUCAUGUUGGGCCAUCAACCAAUGACUGACCAGAAUUAGUUGAGUUGUUUCUUUGGAAUGGUUUUGGAAUAAACAUGAGAUUGAAUGUG